AUGCACAUCUUCUUGCCUCCUCGCGCCCGUGAACGGGAGACAACCCUCCCUUCUGCCAAGUACCUGGCACAACGAUGCCAUAUGCUCUUUUCCGACAACGCGUCGAACAUUCAUAAUGAAUCCAAACGACUCAUUCCCCUGGAGACGCAUGAAUACUUUUUAAGUUUAAACAGAUAUUUCGGCAAAAACUGCAAGAACUUCAAGCAAAAACUGUUCCCUAACGAAGUGCCAAUUAGCGAUGCAGAGCGAGCAUUUCCUCUGGCAUUUCUCCUUACGGUAUACAAGGACAUUAAUCAGGUGGCGCGACUACUGCGCCUCAUAUAUCGGCCACAAAACUUCUACGUCAUUCACGUGGACAAGAAGUCCCCAUCUAUGUUCUAUAAGGCAGUAGAAGAAAUUGCAAAGUGUUUUGGGAACAAUGUUGGCGUUGUUUCUCGGAACGAAAGUAUUAACGUCACCUGGGGAGAAUACACGGUCCUUGAACAGGAGCUUGUUGCUGCGCGUCUGCUACUCAAAAUGGGGAAAUGGAAGUAUUUGAUAAAUUUGACUGGCCAGGAAUUACCCCUAAAGACAAAUCUGGAAUUAGUACUGGGUCUGAGAAUGCUGAACGGCUCUAACCUUGUCAGCGCCACCAUCAAACGGCGAAACGAAUGGCGGAUCCCUAAGGUUAACUUAUCCUUUCCGGUAAGUAGAUAUUACGUUAACUCGACUUCAGAACACUGCUCUCGAUAGUUAAUAAGGACGUUCCUAGAGUCAAUGGGUGACCUACACUUGCUGUCCCAUCUGCUUAGAACAAUGGAGCUCUCUAAUAAGUUGCAGGGUUCUCCGCAUUCUGCUGUCCUUACAGCUGAUUAUUAACCAAACUCGGGUUGGAUAGGUGCUGAUUGCAGCAUCGUAAUUUUGGGUUUGGUCAGAACGCAGCUUGGGUUUUAAAAUGGUUUAGCCUCAUUUUGUCACUCAAAGUACGUUGUGCAGCAGCCAUAUUGAUAUCCUUUCCGCAUGUUUCCAGAUUACAUGCGCGUGGGGCAUACGAGCAGCCAAAAAGGCAGACCCAAACGCACAUAGCCUACAGAAACGAGAAAAACAACUUUUUCUCAUUAGUCGGAAAAAAAUGCCUAAGAUCCUCUUUUUAUACGUAGUUGUACUAAAGGAGCAUAUGUUUGAUAAACAUCUGCUUGUAUGAUAAACAACCCACAUAUAUGCGACUCAACUUGUCUUAUUGUCUGAUAUAUAGUUGACCUGGAUGAAGAAUUCAGUUCACAUCGUGGCAAAGAGAGAAUUCGUGGAGUUUAUGCUUCAUGACAAGAGGGCGAUCGAGGUGACAGAAGCGUUGAGGCAGUUCGCGUAUAAGAAAAUCCCCGAUGAGCAGUUGUACGGAACCCUCGCCUACAACGCACACCUGGGAGCCCCUGGAGCCUGUUGGCAUCUCCACGAGUUGAGUGAUAAGAACGUGGAGGUAAUUCGACUUCCGGGAUUAAUUCGCGUUAAGCAUUGGAGGCCAACUCCGUGUCCUACCAAGUACGUGCGUGGUAUUUGCAUUCUCGGAUCCCAACAUUUGCCGGAAUUAGUUAACUCCCACAGUUUAGUUGCUAAUAAAUUCCAUGAGAACUAUUUCCCUGAAGGAUAUGACUGUCUUGAGUACGCAAUUGCUGAUCGUAUCUACAAGGGUCCAGCAGCCAGCUUCGAUCCUUCCGUUUUCGCGAACCUCUACCGCUCUUCUGACCAUAUAUAACCGUUCGAAAUCCAGACCGUAUGUUUUGCAGGUACCGGCAAAGAAUGUGCCAAGUAUUAAUGUUUGAUUUUCCGUAUAGUAUUAAUAAAAAUCUGUAUACAUUCAAUCUUCUCGUGUACGCUUAUACACUAAGAUUAGAUUACGGGUGCGCAAAUUCUUGAUGAAUGGAUGUUGCCAAUUUAAUAUGUUUUAUUACAUAUAUGUAGAUUUAAAUGUGCGGGCGAGCAAACACCUAGAGUGCAUUGCAUAUAGAACAUCGAGGUCGGUGCCAGGCUGCUUUCAAAGCACUAAGGCGAUGCAAAAUCAUUGUUAGCACUUACUUAUCAUCUUUGGUGUUUGUAUUAUGGUUAUGAAGUGUCCGAAAUGUCGCUCGCUGACCGUGUAUGCAGACAAGGAAUUAAAAAUGCCUCCAAAUAGGUCAUAUGACGACAACGCAUAUUAAAAAGAAUGUAACCGAUUAUUUUCAAGUUCACACGAUUAACCUAAUGACUAGGAAAAAUUAAAUUCUCCGAAAAACCGUCCUUUGUUGCAUUAAGCCCUACGCGUUAAUGAGGUAGUGACUUCGUGAGGUGCGCACAGGUCAUUGGGGAAACCAACACCUCGCGGAAGUUUGCCGUCAGAAUAAAUCAAGAAACGUGUACUCAGUGAAUGAUAGAGAGUAAUCAUAAUCCAAUGUUCUUGGACUGGAGAGACUGGGGCCCUGCCAAUGCCCCUAUGGCCACAGCACAGUUAUGAAGUAAAAAAACCCAAACGCACGGUGUGCUGAUAUCGCGCUGCACCACCUAAUCAGUGGACCGUCCUGCGUACCACAUCUACUUUAUGGUAAAUAGUUAGCAGGUUUUCAAUUGGCCAGAAUUCACUGUUCACAUUCCGCCUAUGCUUCUCGUGAUUUUUCGCUUUGAAUUCCGUCCACAAUCUAAAAGCACUAUUUGGUCAGACUUUCAACAACCUCAGUGAAAUAAGUCCACAGCAUUCGCACGUUGUCAAUUAACAGUAAACAGCAUAUAAAUAUACCUUGAAAAUGAUUUGCUAUUCUAUCAGCACAGGCAAUAGCAUGAGCAGACACUUUGCGGUUUGUCUGUUACGGAGGGUUACGUAUGGCCAGUUGACGGAUGGGCUUAGUAAUCGAGUCUGACAUGCGCUUGGGAAUCGUCUGUUUACGGCAUUGGUGUCCCCUAGAGCUCAGGAACGUGGGAAGAUAGAACUGGUGAGUGCAGCUCCAACCUACCAUUAUAGAGGUAUCUUAUAAAUGUUCAGAAAUGUAAGUUGAUAGGAUGCUUGCGGUCGGAUGCAGAAGUUGGCACGUAUGACUUGUAAGAGGAUAAUACAACGUAAUCGGUAUUCGUGAGAUCCGGUGAGGCGGUCAGUUUCAGCCAGUCCAGGGGCCCCCGGAGUGACUGGAACUGACUACCCCACCUGAAUAACUGACUGAAUAACAUACCAAUCUAGGAGCAAAUGCAGCGUUGAUCUGGCGCUAGUAUUGAUUCAGGGCAUCGUGUGAACCUCCGAGAAGUUUUCAAACGAUUUAUUGGGUCCACUAUAGCUACUCUACUCCGAGCCAGCGUAUGUUAGCAACAGCAGAAGCGGUUGCCCUCAGGUAAAGAAAACCGAUCAUGUGCGCGUAAAAGAACCGCGUUGAGGCUCCGCGUCUACCGUGGUCAAAGAUCGACUAACGCUUCUGCUCCCAAACCCCUCCUCCCUGGCACUGACUGCUAUCACCGCCACCCCCCGAUUUCCCACACCCCCUUGUUUUGAUGCGAACCGUAAUCACUAAUUGCCCCUUUUACAUAUACAGUGCGUGACCUAUCUCAUGAAAUGUCGGCUGAAAUUCUGAAAUGCGUUUUCCAUUAGGAAGGAUUACUUGGUCGCGGUUGUGAUACUGAUUAAUUUAAGGCAUACUCUUAUAACAUUUUGAACUCGGCAGGAUGUCGGCUUUUACAUGCACUUCUUUUCAAUCUCCUGUAGAAAGCGUGCUCGGUAAAAGAUGACUACUUAAGUAGCAUGCAUUUUUCCCAUUGAUUUUCGAUGGUCUUGCAAAUUCAAAUAUAUUUUAUAGAAACUGCAAACAUAAAUAUGCCUUGUUUUAGUCAAUCAAUAGAGAAUCACGUCUUCAUUAUAGUUUAUACUUAAGGAAGGAGUAUAAUUACGUUUUAAAAAGUUUCUAAUUAUGAGAUUUUUUAGGACCGCGCAAUGUCCAUUCACAUAGCAUCGUACCUGGCCAUUUCCUACAGCUCCUCAUGAAAUGUACAACAUGGACCGCAUCCAUUGGAAAAUUUUAUGGACCCUGUAUGAUAUCUUUUUAAUGACAUAGAAAAAUAUGAGAUUUUCUUUAUGCGGAACGCAUGCACCGUGUAGAGUGUAAUCAUUAAGCGCUAAUGCAACAAAUAAUCAGGCUCCAAAUUGUUCGGCAAUUACAAAACUUUUUUUAAAAUCUAAUUCUACUCCUUCCUUAAGUAUAAAAUAUAAAAAAGACGUGAUUCUCUAUUGAUUGACUAAAACAAGGCAUAUUUUGUUUGUGGUUUCUAUAAAAUAUAUUUGAAUUUGCAAGACCAUCGAAAAUCAAUGGGAAAAAUGCAUGCUACUUCAGUAGUCGUCUUUUACCGAGCACGCUUUCUACAGGAGAUUGAAAAGAAGCGCAUUUAAAAGCCGACAUCCUGCCGAGUCCAAAAUUGUAUAAGAAUAUGCCGCAAAAUAGUCAGUAUUACAACCGCGACCAAGCAAUCCUUCCUAAUGGAAAACGCAUUUCAGAAUUUCAGCCGACAUUUCAUGAGAUAGGUCACGCACUGUAAGUGUACCGUCCGGACGAGGAUUUUUUGAAAACAGACCAAUGCUCACCAACUUCUCUUCUGAAUACUUUCAUGGGAAUUUAAAAGUCUAAGUUUACAUUUAAUUCCGAAAGUAAAUAAAGGCAUUUAGCGAAUAUUUCAUAUGUGCUUUAGGAAAAUCUGCGAGCAAAGGACAGCAAAAGGGGAUGGUUUAAGUUUUAAUAUAACGCCGUUUAUUAACUCACCAUGUUCACUACUUCUUCCUCUUUAUCGUGAUACUAUGGACGCAUUUAUAACUAGAUCAGCAACAGUGUUCUUAUCAGAAGCUCUUUAUCGGUUCCCCUGGUUUUGUUGCAAAAUUCGAUUCACACUACUGAAGUCCACUGUUGAGUUGACGAUAUAUCCCUUAAAUUCUUAAAAUCGGUGAAGAUACAGUGCCUACUCUUACGGAAGUGUAUUCGGCCAAAUGGAGAAUGCAGAGAACACUUUGCCGUCAGCACUCACGUUUGAAUGGGCUGCGCUCUCCCAUCUACCCUAAUUAAGCAUGUGUUAAAUUUCUGCUCGUUUUCUGCACUGUACGCCUUUUUCUGCCUGGCGUGGUUAAUGAGUUCUACUUGCUUACAUUCAAGGCUGAUUCGAUUGUCUCGAUUAUGCGUUCUGCUUUGAGCCCUCGAUCAAAACCUCUACCAUUAGAUGCUGCCGUUGGCGUUUCUGUAGUCCUCUGGGGAGGCUUUUCAAGAAUAGCUGUAUUUUCUAUAUUUUUCUUAGGCGGGGCAUGAGUGAUGAAUUGACUGUCCUCCUUGUCGUUUGACUUAAUUGAGAUCGUUUGCCUCUUCUUUGCUGAUUUCGCUGCGUCAUUGGUUGGUGCCUUUUGUGUGCUAGAGCCCGGAUCCUCAGAUGUCGAUGUCCUAUACGAAGAGGCACGUGAGCGGCUCUUCCGUGUGUCAGCCUCUUUUAGCGAAUCGCCGGAAGAGUCCGCUUUUGUUGUUAUGUUUGACCUUUUACUGCUUGAUGGAAGAGGGCUCUUUAGAUUCGAGUUCCGUUCGGCAACUGUUCGGUCCUCAAAUACAUUGAUCAAAUCUGGUCAGUCUAGGUUUUCCUCGGGUUCUCACGUAUUUUCUUUGUCAGUAUAACCCUUCCAUUUCAAAAGAUACUCUUAUUUCCCAUUUCGGAUGCAAACACACGAAGCCUUUUCCAUACAAAUCUCAUCCUCUUGUAGAUCUUUGCUAUUAGAUAUCCUCUUAUACCAAAACCAACAGCGAUCGCAGCCUACCUCCUCUAUGAAACUCUCGUCUAG